CGAAGAACAGCCUCCUGGAGUCACAAACGCCCAGAUCUUCGCUUCCUGGUCUCUGUUUUUCAGUCUUUGGAAACAUCGCACCAUGAGCGGCCCGCCGUUCAUGCCUCCCCCUCCUCCCCCUCCCGUCGCAACAGGCCCUCUCUCUCCAUCCCAACCGUCCGACGCACCACCCAAACCCACCACUGGAGGUGGCUUUCCAUCCGGAGGGCGUCUGUCGAUCACCAAUCCCGUCAUGAUGCCGCCGCCGCCGGUGUUUGGCGGUCUGGGACCGUCGAUGGGCGGGAGCAGGGGCUCGGUCAACCUCUCUACCAGCAAGGGCCCGCCUGGGAGCCUCAGGCCGGGGCUGCCUGGUCCAGAGCAGACGUCGCAGGCGUUCGUCAUUCCGGGUAUACAGGAGAGGGACUAUGCCGAUGAGGAGAUCAAACAGGCCUUCGACACAUUCGACCUCGAUAACAACAGGUGGGCGAGAGGGGAGGGACAGAGCGUGACUGAAUGAAUGAAUGGAUGGGUGCGUUUGUGGGUGGGGCGUGUGCGAGGGAUGUCGGUCGUUUCGUCAUUCAGGUUUGUGGGUGCCGCUGAGAUUCGUCACAUAUUGGAUCUGAUAGGGGAGAAGGCGAGCGACGAGGAGAUAGACGAAAUGAUACGCAUGAUAGACAUCGACGGCGAUGGACAGGUGAGGAAGGGCAAAAUCAAACACCACACAACCACACAUACCAGCGACUUACCCAUCAGCCGCCUAGAGUGUGCAUGAAUUUGUUCCACUUCCUCACUCACAGGUGACGUAUGACGAGUUUUACAAGUUGGUCAAGUCCCCCCCGGUCCUGUGGGCGGCCGACCCGAAUGCUGUCGGGGCGGCGGGCGUGCCCGUCCCCCCAUCCCCUCUGCGAAUGCCGGGAGACCUCGGAUCAUCAGGUAGGUUCUGGUGUGCCCUUGUGCGCAUUCUCGCCCUUCUGCUCUGUGUGUGUGUGGGACGGAUGGAUGGCUGCACUGAUUGAUGGACAGGUCGCGUCCCCCCACCCCCACAGGCGCCUCCCCCGUUGCCGGGCACCCUCCCACCACCUGCAGCAGCAGCAGCACCGGUGCGCAUGAAAGGGUUCCUGCACGACGUGUCACAUCAUGUUCGUGUGUCGCUUCUAUCCAUGCACCGUGUACGGGUCAGAUGAGUGUCCUUGGCGCAAGUGUGGGCAGCUCUGGCCAGCAGCAGCAGCCCAACACCUUCGCCAGCCUCUUCAAGUCGUCCAAGAGCGAGAAAGACACCACCGCAAGUACCCCACACACGCACACACACACGCCCUGAGACAGAGCAGAACAAUGAGCAAUACGUUCUGCAGAGAGGAAGGAAGACGACGCAGCCAUUGGCGGUGGUGGUGGCGGCGGCGGCCUGAAGAAGAUCGACCGCGAGGCCAUCAUGCAGGAGUUCAGCAAGCAGAAGGCGCUCAAGCCGGCCUACAUCAAGAAGGUGUACAAGAAGUUCCAGGAAAUGGACGACGACAAGAGCGGACUCAUAGACUAUGACGAAUUCUGCAAAGUCAGCAGGCCAUUCGCCCCCUCCCCCCUCCACCCACCCACCAUCAAUGCGUGUGUGUAGGUGUUGGACACCGAGCCAUCGCCGUUGAUGCGUCGGGUGUUUGACAUGUUCGAUGCGGAUGGGUCGGGCAGCCUCGAGCUGAAGGAGUUCAUCGUCGGCCUUUCAUCCUUCACCAGUAUGUGAAGGACACGCCACACCACGUUACACCACACCACACCACACCAAACCACACCACACCACACCACACCACACACAUCACCACACAGGACUGCAUGGGUGUGUUGUUUUGUUUUGUGUAUGUCAGGUGCGUCCAAGACGGACAAGCUCAAGUUCGCCUUCAUGAUGUUCGACGAGGACUGCAGCGGCUUCAUCGACCGAAAGGAGCUCAUCAAGAUACUCAGGGCCAACUUCGUCGCAUCCAACGCACAGUCGGACGCCGAAAUCGAGAAGAAGUAACUCACAAGAAAACACAACGCGACGCACAUUUCAUGUCUCUCUCUGGAUGGCGUGUGUGGUGUGUUGCGCACACAGGGCCGAUCAGAUAUUCGAGUCGCUGGGCCUGCCGGCACAGACGGGGAAGAUAUCGAUGGAGCAUUUCCUGCAGCUGAGCAAGAAGUCCGCAGGGCUGCUGUUUCCCGCCAUCCAGCUGGCCACCAAGAUAGACGCCACGCUGGGCCGCUAAUGGAUGGGAUGUCGCGGAUGGAUGGAUGGAUGGAUGGGAGCUGAUACGACAUAGACAUCCAUGGUCCACGCAGGAACGUAGCGGUCUGGUGACGGGCACGAG